AUGGCCGAUGCCAACGCCUCUCGCCAGCGUCCCUCGCUUGGCCAAAUGCGCAGCAGUUCCUUCCUGCAAGAUCACCAACAAUAUAAGCCCCCAGUUCCCAUCAGUCAGACCAUCGGUGAGGUCCUGGAUGCCCAUGAUGAAAGGUCCUCAUUAGUCAACCCGAUCAGUCCAGACCCAGAGAGAGUCACAGACAGCGGUGUCAUCCACAGCAUCUUCAAUCACCACCAUAACCCCCUUCCCACCGGCACCCCCCGCAUCGUCGCGACCAUAUUCUACAAAUCAUCCAACCCUGUUCACCCCAACUUCCACCCCGAUGUCGCCCAGUCCACUGGCAGCAAGCUGCCUUCCCCCCAUGUACCCGAGGGGUCUGCUCCGACCGACGACAUGGAAAAGAUCCCUCGCGAACCGCCGGCCCCAGAGCCUGAACCUCUGGACCACCUGUACGGCCCAUUUGUGUCGCAGCUGUGCUUAACAAACUUCCUCCAGACACUUGAAUCUCUUCCAACUCCGUAUCAGCGCAUGAUUACCUCGCACCGCUGUCUGGACCGCGACUCUCAGCCCCGCAUUGUAGAGGUCACUUUCUCCCCACCCCCAGACCCGGAGUAUCUCCCCUUCGCGGAUCUGCGCAAGCACGAGAGUAUCUGGCGGUUUGAGCGCGAGUGGAACGUCGAGGUCGUUCUUCAAGAGGAGACCGUGUUCCGCCGGCAUAAGCGAUUGGCCGUGUUCGACAUGGAUAGCACCCUUAUCGAAAAUGAAGUGAUCGACGAGAUUGCCAAGUUCAUCGGGGUGGAGAAGCAGGUUUCUGAAAUAACCGAGCGCGCGAUGAACGGCGAGCUGGACUUCUCCGCAUCCCUGAAAGAGCGCGUCGCUCUUCUCAAGGGCGUCCCCGCAGACGUUUUCGACAAGCUCAAGUCCGUCAUUACCAUUGCACAGGGCGCUCGGGAGCUUUGCCGUGCGCUGAAGGCGCUAGGAUAUAAGAUGGCCGUUCUGAGCGGUGGAUUCCAGCCUCUUGCAGAGUGGCUUGCAGGUCAACUUGGACUGGACUACGCGUUCGCGAACCACCUCGCAAUCGACCCUGAAACUCAAACGCUGACUGGUGAGCUGGUUCCAACAUUCCCCAUCAUCGACGCCGCCCAGAAACGCACGCUAUUGAAAAAAAUUGCUGCAGACAACGGUAUCCCUAUCGCUCAGACACUGGCUGUCGGCGACGGGGCCAAUGACCUCCUUAUGCUUCACGCGGCUGGCCUCGGCGUCGCCUGGCGCGCUAAGUCUAAGGUCCAGCUUGAGGCACCGACUCGAAUUAACGGUCAGAGUUUGACCGAUAUCCUCCACCUGCUCAGUCUAGACAAGGAAGAUAUUGCCGAGUUGACGAGCGAGAAUAAUUAA